AUGUACGAAGAAAAUGAAAGUCUUCUCGUUACCCAGGCACAUAAUGGCGUGCCAAUCUUGGUACCUUGGGGGCACCAGGCGCUGAUUCCCGGUACUGGCUUCAAAUCGGAGAAUAUCAUGGGUCACCCGUGGAUGGAUCAGUCGGCAUUCACUCCAUUUGAUCCUCAAGCCCCCUAUAUCAAAUACGAAUCGCAGGGUGAUAGACGCGCAUAUUUUCGAAGCGCGGAAAGUGACUCUCAUGGGGUGUCGACGCAGCACUACAGUGGGAGUUUGGGCGCAACUGUGGACUUGACUUUUGCAAAGGUCAAUGUGACGGGCUCAUAUGACAAAGACAUCAAAGAAAAUAAAGAUUCGACCAAGGUCUCCCGGAACGCAUUCUACAGAGCUGGUGCGCUUCAUUUCGCUCAAGAGCCAGAACUCAACGCGAUUGCAUACAAUAUUCUGAGCAGAGCCGAUGGAGAAAGAGAAUUUCGUGCAAUAUAUGGCGAUUAUUUCAUUGCUGGAUUUAUCUUAGGGGCAGACUCGGGGGCCUUCAUGUCUGUGGACGAUGCCACCAAGCGAAUGACCGAUACUGUGGCUCUCAAGACGACAGUGAAAGUGUGCUUCUUCAAGGCCAAAACGUGGAUAACGUCUUCAACAACCACACACAUUGACCACAGCCUUGUGGUCAACCUUGCCGGCUAUGACACAUUGAACGACCUCAAAAUUUCGAAUCUGAAUACUUCCUUGGGGGACGCUCAGCAAAGGAUUAUUGAUAUGGUGGAGUGGGCAGACACUCUUGAGACAAGAGUUACAGUAAAGCUGAAGGAUAAAGGAAUUGAACCGGGCAGGAAAUUCACUUUGUCUGAGUCUGCACAUAUAUGCGCUUCGGGUGUUGUCGUUCAGGUCCUCUUGCUCCCGUUUCACACUUUGAGGGGAUAUCAAUACGGCUUAAGCUUAAGCGCAAAGAAUCGAUUAGCAUUGGAAAUGGGAAUGUGA